UUUAGUCAGAAUAGCCGUUUAAUAAAACGAACAGGUUGACAUCACACCGCAUGUUACAACAAAAUGGCGCAGGUUGAGGAAGUUACCAGCGUGGAUAGACUGAAUGCAAUCCUUGCUGAGGCGAGAUCGAACCUUGUUGUUUUACAUUUCUCUGCUAAAUGGUCGGGAGAAUGUGAACAAAUGAAUGAUGUCUUGCGUGAACUGGCAAAAGACCCUCAUUAUGUAAACGUACGGUUCCUUGUCGUGGAGGCUGAAGAUCUUGUUGAGUUGACAAAGAAGUAUAAAGUAGCUAACGUUCCUGUGUUUAUCUUUUUCAAAAAUAAAUCACGGAUCGAUACACUUGAAGGUGUCAAUGCCUUGGAAUUAUGUAAAAAAGUCAAGAAUCUCGUCGAAGCUACAGUUUCGAUACCAGCUGAAGAGAGCGAAGACGACCUAAAUGUGAAACUACAAGCGCUGGUUAGCCAAGCACCUGUCAUGCUUUUCAUGAAGGGUACUCCCGAUGAACCUAGAUGUGGUUUCAGUCGUACCAUCAUCGGUAUCCUGAAUGAGCACAAUAUCGACUAUUCUCAUUUUAACAUUCUCAGCGAUGAAAAUGUGCGCCAGGGAUUGAAGAAAUUUUCCGACUGGCCUACUUAUCCUCAGUUAUACCACAAAGGGGAACUUAUCGGUGGAUUGGAUAUCGUCAAAGAAUUGUCAGAAUCGAACGAGCUUAAAAAAAUGUUGCCCCAGAAAGAAGAUUUGAAAGUUAAAUUGAAAACCCUCAUCAACAAAGCAAGUGUUAUGCUGUUUAUGAAAGGUUCCCCCGAUACACCGCGUUGUGGAUUCAGUAAAACUACUAUUGGUAUUAUGGAAGAAACUGGCGUCCCUUACGAGACGUUUGAUAUUCUUCAGGAUGACAGUGUGAGGCAAGGGUUGAAGACUUAUUCCGACUGGCCUACAUACCCCCAGUUGUAUGUGAAUGGUGAACUGGUAGGUGGACUUGACAUUAUUAAAGAACUUAAAGAAAACAAUCAAUUAGUUGAUACCUUAAAAGGAACUUCAUAAAAUAAUCGAUCCUAUUUAAGGUGAUACAAAUGAUCUAUGUAUUGAUCAAUAAAGAUUCCUUUUCUUCUUAUCUGUUUGUAAUAAGAAAUAAUUGCACAUACACAAACUCAUAACACGAAUCUAUUCUCGUUACAGUUUUAAUUAAAUGUCAGAAGUUAUGAAA